GCCAACCUCGCUUUGACCCUCCCGGGGGCCUCCUUUCCUCCGCUCAGAUCUCGGGCUGUUCUUCUCCCCGCCCCGCGCCGGAAGCUCCCCUCGUCUCCCUCUCUUCUCCGGGUGGAUUAGGGGUUGGGGGUAGGGGGAUUCUGCGCCCCGGGCAGCCUUCGGCCUCAUCUGCAGACAUUUUUGGUUGUUGGCGAUUGCGGACGGGGAGACCGCGCCACUGUCACCCAGCAGGUGGUGGCCGGGGACGCGGCUUGCUGUGCCCCGCCAGGAGCAGGUGUGUCUGAUAGCAGUCAGGCAAAUCCAGCAGCCAACUGACGGGGCCCUUACUGCACCCUAAAUCUACAAGCAUCCCUCCAGCUCAGACUUGUGCUGAAACCUACCCUCAAGGUUCUCCUGUGCUCACUGAUCCUGGAUCCCUGUGUGGCCAGGAAUUUAGGAGUGGCUUGGCUGGAAGGUUCUGGCUUAGGAGUUUGAGGAGGCUGCAAGAAGCUAUCUGCUGGGGCUGCAUCAUCUGAAGGCCCAACUGCUAUUUGAGGAUUCGCCUCCAGGGGCUUCGCUGGCAUGGCUGGCGAGUGGGCUCUGGCUGUUGGCGGGAGGCCUCUGCUCCUCUCCACUUAGGCCUGUCCUCGGGGCUGCACGGCUGCAUUUACAACACAACAGUGGGGUCCCCCUAGAGCAAGCAUCCAGGAGAACAAAGUGGAAGCUGCAGUCUUCCAGGACCUGGCCUUGGACGUCACCCUCUGUCACUUCUGCACAGAGCACUGUGCCCUGUGGGGAUACGAGGACACGAUCCUGGUUCUCCCACCACCCUGAUGCCCAGGAGGCAUUGCUGUCGUCGUCACGAGAUGGCCGCUGUUGUCCUGUCCCCGGCUUGUGUCUCUCAGCAGGGAGGGUGCACGGAGGAGGCGCUGGCUGAUGAGUCCCUGACAGGCUGGUUACAGGACCUGGUGACCUUUGAGGAUGUGGCUGUGGAGUUCUCCCAGGAGGAGUGGGCCUUGCUGGACCCUUCCCAGAGAAUGCUGUACAGAGACGUGAUGCUGGAGAACCGCAAGAACCUGGCCUCUCUCGGAUGCCAUGUUGAUAAACCCAAACUGAUAACCCAUUUGGAGCAAGAAGACAGGUUGAUACCGGAGGAGAGAAGCCUUCUCCCAGACACUUGUCCAGAUUUGGAGCCUGUUCUGAAAACCAAAUGGUUAACUCCUAAGAAGCAUGCAUUCAAAAAAGAACAGUCUAAAGGUGUAAAAAUGGAAAGAAGUCAUCGUGGAGCAAAGCUCAAUGAAUGUAAUCAGUGUUUUAAAGUCUUCAGCACAAAAUCUAACCUUACUCAGCACAAGAGAAUUCAUACUGGAGAAAAACCCUAUGACUGUACUCAGUGUGGAAAGUCCUUCAGUAGUAGGUCUUACCUUACUAUUCACAGGCGAAUCCAUAAUGGGGAGAAACCCUAUGAAUGCAAUCACUGUGGGAAAGCAUUCAGUGAUCCUUCAUCCCUUCGACUGCACGUGAGAAUUCAUACUGGAGAAAAGCCCUAUGAAUGUAACCAGUGUUUCCACGUCUUCCGCACUAGUUGUAACCUCAAAAGCCACAAGAGAAUUCAUACUGGGGAGAAUCACCAUGAAUGUAACCAAUGUGGAAAGGCUUUUAGCACAAGAUCCUCCCUUACCGGACACAACAGCAUCCACACAGGUGAGAAACCUUAUGAGUGCCAUGAUUGUGGGAAAGCCUUUAGGAAGAGCUCCUAUCUGACACAGCACGUGAGAACUCAUACAGGAGAAAAACCCUAUGAAUGUAAUGAGUGUGGAAAAUCCUUCAGUAGUAGCUUUUCUCUAACUGUGCACAAGAGGAUACAUACAGGAGAGAAACCUUAUGAAUGCAGUGACUGUGGGAAAGCCUUUAAUAAUCUCUCAGCUGUUAAGAAACACUUGAGAACGCACACUGGAGAAAAACCCUAUGAAUGUAAUCAUUGUGGGAAGUCUUUCACAAGUAACUCUUACCUGUCUGUGCACAAGAGAAUACAUAAUAGGUGGAUAUAAACUACUGUGGGUAUUCUAUGGGAAAGCACUCAUUGAUAUCUCAUCCCUUAGACACUCUUAAAGAACUCACACCCGAUGUGCGAGUUCACCUGUUGGUACGUGACAAGUUACUCUCCAAAAAUUUGUGGCAUCAGACAUUAUGUCAAAAUAUCCAUAGAUCAGGAAUGCAGGAAUAGCUUAGCACUGCAGUUCUGGCUCAGGAUCUCGAUGACUUUGUACCCAAGAUGUCAGCCAGAGUUGCAGUCGUCAAAUCUUCACCAAUGAAGACUCCACUUCAAGAUGGCUCCUUUCUUUACCCUUCACCCUUCACCCUUCACCCUUCACCCUUCACCCUUCACCCUUCACCCUUCACAUGCCUGGCGAGUCAGCUCUGGUUGUUUGCAGAGGACCCCUCAGUUCCUCACCCUGUAGACCUCUAUAGAGCUGAAUGACUACACCAUGGCAGCAGUUUCUCCCAGAGUGAUCCAAAAGAGGGUCUGUGCAGAAGCCACAUCGUCUGUCAUGUCUUAGCCUCAGAAGGUCGUGAUUUCACUUCCAUAUUUUAUUGUUCAUUGUCCAGUCCUAAGACAGAAGACUGCACAAUGUAUGAGUACCAGGAGAUACAUCACUGAAAACCAUCUGGGGAACUUGUCAUGAAGUUAAUGAAGAAAAGCUUUUGGCACCUGUGCAUCCUUUAGUGACUAAACAAGUAUUCAGUGGCUGUCCUGCUAAUUCACUCUGAAGAGGAACCUUGGGAGCAUAGUCUACACGCUAGAGCUUUCAGCACAAACUCUCACUGUAAUGUGCCCAACAGUAUGUGCUGGGAAAACCACAGGAAUGGAAUAACUGUAGGAAAGGCUUCUGUGAUGUUUUGGAGUAGUCAUAUGGCAGUUCACACUAAGGGAAAAUCCUGAUGAAGAUGAUCAGAAUGCAAAAGCCUUCAGGGACACUCAUCAAUUAAGACACAUGGGAAAUCCUAAAAGGGAACACUCAUAAGAAAUGUGGAAAACCCUUCAGCAUAAAUGGUCUUGUUACUGAGCAAAAGAUCAGGUGAGGUAGUCUUACUAAAGUGAGUAGGGAAAAGCCUCAGAUGUUCUCUAAAUUUAUAAAAAUCUUUUUAACAUGCAAGUAUACACAUAUUUAUUUUUAAAAGUAUAUUUUGAAAACAAUGUAUAUACACAUGUCUGAACAGCAUGGCUGACCAUGGUGAGUUUUUGAGAAUCAUUUAAUGUAUUGACAAUAGUACUGGUGCAGACAGAGUAAGAGUUAACAGUAGUGUUUUGGGAAUACCAGUAGGGAUUGAUUGGGUAUGUAGAAAGAGCCUCAUCGUGGAUAGUAAUGACAUGCAAAAUUCUAAAUUCCCAUGACAGAAGUGGCCCACACCAUCCAAAAAGCCUCCCAACUUUGCUGGCACCUGCACCUGCAAGGGACAGAAGAACUUGGUUAUAAUGGGCACAGGGAUGGAGGACUGACCUAGAGAUAAACUCUGAAGAAGUAGGGUUAAGACAAAUGUGUUCAUACACACAUAUCCCACAGAGGAUAUUACAGUAGAGAAAAGAAUUGUACCCCAUUCAGCAAAGGAGCUCCAAGCUUCCCUGGUUCCUCUUGGCAUAAGCCAGGCCAUUUCAGUUGACUCACAAAGAUAUCAUUCAGUGUGGUGGGGGCAGACCUCUGGGUUAGAGCAGAUCUACGAUAGCUACUGCAUUAAUUGAACAUUCCUAAUUAAAAAUCCUGUUAAUUGCCAACUACAGAUAGAGAAGCCAAAAUCCCUUUUAGUCCAUAACCCAGAGUGUGAUAUAGUCAACAUUUUCCUACAUGAUAGUGGAAUCAAACAGGUCUCGAUAUAAUUAAAAAAAAAUUUUUUUUUGACAGAUUUAGACAGAGAGACAGGUCUUCCUAUCUGAUGGUUCACCACCAAAAUGGCCGCUAUGGCCGGCACGCUGCAGCUGGUGCGCUGCGCCGAUCCAAAGCAAGGAGAUAGGUGCUUCCUCCUGGUCUCCCUUGCGGGUGCAGGCCCCAAGCACUUGGGCCAUCCUCCACUGCCUUCCCGGGCCAUAGCAGAGAGCUGGACUGGAAGAGGAGCAACUGGGACAGAACCGGCGCCCCAACCGGGACUAGAACGCGGGGUGCCGGUGCCUGCAGGUGGAGGAUUAGCCAAGUGAGCUGGAGCAAUAUAAUGUUUUAGCAAGCAGACUUUUUGGGUAAAGAUAUUAGGUCCCAAAUGCUAAACUUUGUUCUUACUGGUGGAAACCAAGCUUUAAUAGAUUUUUUGAACCCAAACCAAGUCUCUAUGGACCCAGACUGUUGGGUGGAUUUAAAUCUGUCACAUUUAUUCAUAUCUUUAGGUUAGGCCCAGGGUAAUGGAAUUUAGCCAAGGUUCCCUAUUGAGUGCCAUCAGUAUUUGAAAAUCUUUCCUCAUAUUUGUUAGGACACUUGUGAAAAGACACACCAUAGAGAAACUUGUGAAAAUAAAGUAAUAGAGCCAUCUCUCAGUGAUGCCUCUAAUAUUAGGAAAAUCCUCCCUGGAUGUAAAACCCAUGAAUGUAUUAAUUUUGGAAAAAUUUAAGAGAGACCUCUUUUUGUUGUGGGUAUGGGAACUCCUGCUCAUGGAAAACCCGAGGUAUUUUGGCAAUCAGAGUUAGGAUGCCUCACCCUCAACUCUUCCUUGAGUGGCUGUAAAAUAACUUAUAGUGGGAUUGAAAAGCAUGAAUGUCUUAUCUAUUGGUUGGACCAUUAGUUCAUUAAUUUUCAAUCUUUGUUUUACAUAACUGUAAACAGUUGUGUCUGUAACUGUUUCCUCAGUUAGCCUUAAGUUAGCCUCAAGUUAAAGUCCAUGAUUUUGGAAAAUUUAUUAUAAUUUGCUCUUUAAAAAUAUUAAUACGGCCCCCAAAUAUUUUUGAAUAGCUCUUGAGUGCUUUUGUCUAAUGGUGUUUUACCGAAGUCUGUGAACUUAAUAUUCUUUUUUCCUCUUUCUCUUCUAGUGUGGUAAAUACUGUUAGUUUCUUUCCCAAUUUCCAUCCUCCCCUGCUUACUUAUUCAAAGAAAAACAUUUUGUUCUAGUUGUCCAUGAGCAGUUUUGAAAAUAGUCAAUUUGCCAGGCUCUCCUAAAGCUAACAGAGGCUUUGUCCCACUCUAGUAGCCAUGAGGAGCAGGUUGGAGUCAUUGGUAGUAGUGGGGGGACACCACACUUAUUCUGUUCUCCAUUCAUCUGAAUGUGGCCUCACAGUCUCAAACCUGCAGAACCAUUUUUGACCGUGAUGCAGGAAAAAAAAAAAAAAAUCAAUGAUUUGAGUUCCCCAGAGGCUUCUCAUUGACUGUAUCAGUUCCAGAUUGCUUGUUAGAUUCCUUAUGUAAUUAAAAGUAAUACACUUAACUAGUUAAAGCCAAAGUAAUUCAUUGUUUGUUUUUGAAGUUAUGUUCUAGUAACUUCCAGCUAAAUGGAGUCUGGUAAGCCUAUUUGUUUUACCCGUUUCAUGUUUCCCUGAAAAUGAUGCAUAUUCUCUAAUAUUUAGACUUAGCAUGUGUUUCCUUUUUUUUUUCUUUUUUAUUUUUUUGACAGGCAGAGUGGACAGUGAGAGAGAGAGAGAGAAAGGUCUUCCUUUUGCCGUUGGUUCACCCUCCAAUGGCCGCCACGGCCGGCACGCUGCAGCCGGCGCACCACGCUGAUCCGAUGGCAGGAGCCAGGUGCUUAUCCUGGUCUCCCGUGGGGUGCAUGGCCCAAGCACUUAGGACAUCUUCCACUGCACUCCCUGGCCAUAGCAGAGAGCUGGCCUGGAAGAGGGGCAACCGGGACAGAUUCCGGUGCCCCGACUGGGACUAGAACCCCGUGUGCCGGCACCACAAGGUGGAGGAUUAGCCUAGUGAGCCGCUGCGCCGGCCUAGCAUGUGUUUUCAAAUAUAGUAUGUGCAUCAGAUUUUUUUCUUUAUUCAUCAAUAGAGGUGUUGUAAAGUCUUUCAUUAUGAUUGUGGAUUAAUGUUCCUUCUGUAAUUCUGUCAUUUUUGAUUUACAUAUUUUAUAUGCUAUAACUGCAUACAGAUUAGAUAUUAUAUGAUUUGUUUUUUUAUGUGUAGGGACCAUAUUUUUACAUGUGAAAGUAUUAUAAUGCAUUAAUAAUAGAUAGUUAAGCAUUCAUGUAGUACUUCCCAUGUAACAAGCACUCUCCUGAAUGCCUUAUGACUAUUAAUAAGUGAGUGCUCAUUAUCAUUAUAAUUGUUAUGUAUAAUUAUAUUACUAUUUUUAUAAUUAUAAUAUGUACAUUUAUUAUCCCCAUCUUGUGGAUGAUAAAACAGGUAUGAUGUG